AUGACAGCUCCUCCUCCGGCCACGAUGCCCAAUCUCUCCGUCCCAACUCAUUCAUGAGGCCGAGCUCGGCCCAUCUAAUGAGCCCCAACAGUGAUAUCGUCGGCCCUUCUCCUGUGACAUCGAACGGUACCGCGACCACGGAAAUCGAGGAUGAGGCGGCUGAAAAUGCCGAGGAAGAAAACGGCCAGCAUAUGAUGCUGAGAACGAACAUCCCGGAUCACAUUCGAAGGCCCCUGAGCGAAGAGGUUGUCUCGGUAAUACACGCACCCCCGAGCUUCCAAAACUGGAAGUCGAACGAUGCGGCCUCAAGAUCCAAUUCGGCAAGCGUCGCCAGCGUGGAGAGCACGAGCGCGAGUAGCCCUCCACCAAGCGAGCCGUCAACAGUAACACCCCCGACGCAGCUACUCCCCACAGUUAACACCAAAGUGAAACCGGUGGCAUUUGGCAUAGAUGCCCCGACACCACAGGCUCAGAAGCUAGAAGAUGUGCUUGCGAGCGAUCCCUCGAAGUUGCGAUCGAGCACAGCCAGCAGUUUGGAGCGUGAGACUCGCCGUGUGUGCACGCCUCCGAAGUAUCUCUUCUCACAACUCGUUGCAGUGAUACCCGAAAGUCACGAGGUGGAUGCGGACGACGACGAAUACGACGACGCCGACGAUUUUGCGGACCCGGGGCUCAGCCAAGACAGCGAAGUCAAAGCACUUAGGGCAGCUCUCGAGGAGUGUUGGACACUGUGCAACACACUCGCCAACCUCAGCACUAUCCACCGGGAACGCGUCUUCAACAGCUCGGGAACACCAGACGCUCAUGAGAAGGCCUGGAAGAGCUGCUGGAAGCUUUGCAAGCGGCUCUACCACAGCCGAGACGACAUCUCCGAGUCCUACGGCGUCCGGACGAAUCUGGACUUGUGUCGUGACUUCUGCCAAUCAUUGUUUGAUGUGCGGCAAAAAAAGGAUGAGACAGCCGAUUCUAUCCUCAGAGUCAGCUUUGAACUCAACAACCACCUCUACAGCGCCCAGGAUAGCCGAUCGCUUCCCGAGGCCUUUCGGGAACGAACCUUGGAUUUCUACAUUACGUUAUGCCACCGACUCAUGAAGCAGCGCAGCGAUCUAGGCGAGGAAACGGAUUCGCUCUUACGGGCCUGCUGGUCUUUGGCCGAGAUGCUCUUCAGCCUGCGGCAAAACCGACGAGACGGCAAGACGGCCGACGAGGAGCUACUUGGCUCAGCGGUACAGGCGUGCUGGGAGCUCUGCGAUAUCUUCCGCGAGGGCUGGACACAAAUCCGGCCAGAUCGGGGCACCCCAAGGCCGAACCAGAUCAAUUUCUUCGCUGCCGGCCCGCCGUAUGGUCUCCAACCGAUGGGUAGCCAUCCAUCCGAGGUCGCUCGUUCAAAUGCCGGCAGCCGCGCAUCAUUGCAUUCGAAACGCAAGAGCCUCCAGAGCCUGACCGAUAUCGACCGGCCACGACCGCAUGCCGUUGUUCCUGAAACCCCCGUGACUGAGUUCGAGGACACCCCCGUAUCGCCCGACGCCAGCCCGCAAAUGCCCAACAUCCUGGUUCUCGGCACCUCGACCGACUCGCGGAGCGAUCGUGGCGGUCGGUGGUCAAGCAAUGCUUCAAACCUGUCCGGCUACAGCCAGAGCAGUCAACAUACUUCGAGUACGGCCACUACAGCUGCCACUGUGGAGGAUACUAACAUCACACGCAUCAAGGCGCUCAUCGUGAAGGCCGCCAUGAACAUAGGGUAUAACCGCGACGCGGCGGCAGCCAGUGGCACCGGCGGUGCAGUCUCGCUGCAGAAUUUCGUCAAGAGUCUACCGACAGGCUCCUUCGGCUCGCUGCCCACCCACGCAACGCUGCUGCAGGGGUACAAAAGCCUUGUGCUCAGCGACACACCGUUCCGCUCCUCGGCUAGCCUCCCCGUCCGCGGGAAACGAUUCACCGCCGUCGAGAUCGCCAAGAGCGUCAGCUGGAUGAUGCUGCGUUCGAACCAGUAUGCCUUCUUAAAGGAUCUGUUCCGGCUUGUUUUUGGAAUCCAGCCCGACGAGGCCGAGACGAGGAAGAAUAUGUCGAUCACGAUUUAAUACGCUGUUCCGUGUCCGUGGGUGACGACAAGCCCUCCGUGCGGUACGCCGGUUUCUGCCGAGACUUCUUACUACCGAGCACACGGCUACCGUCACCUCAUUCGGUCUUAUACCCUUAAUAACUCGCACAUUCAUCGCUACACAGACGCCACCCGCGGUGUUUGUCCCUUCCGCCGGCCGUUUAUCAACACAACACCACUUCAAUUUCCGGCCU